CUUUGUCUUGUCUAUACGAUGUUUAAUUAUCCAUCUCUGUUUUACCGGUUUUAGUAAAAACUAUAUGUUUAUUAUAAAUAUGCAAUGCUUUAUCUCAACAGUAUGUCUAUAACGAGUGUUGCGUGAACUUGUGUGAUUUAAAUACAACAUAAAAAAACAACAUAAUUAGUGUUGUGUGAGUGAUUAAAAGAAUAAUCAGAAAUCACCAUGAAGAUGUACAUCGCUUUAGUGCUUGCUAUGGUAGUAGCUACCAGCGUUGCCCAGAGGUCUCCGUUCGCAAGCCGGCCAGUUGGAUACCCUAUAGUCACUACACUCCCCCCUGAAGAUGGAUUGGGAAACAGAUUCGGCGACGAUGAUACAACUACAAUGAAACUGCCAAUCGAAGCUCUAGGCGACGCGGAGCUAGUCAGAAGACUGAGCAAACUACCUACAGACCAGCAACCAUUUUGGCUGCUUAAUUGGCUAGCGCUAGAAGCCAACAGAAAAAACCCGCAAACCUUCCAGCAAAGACCUAACAGCUUUGUCGAUCAAAACUAAUAAUUUAGAAAACUUACUUUCUACAAUACCAAAGAUGUUUAUGUAACUUUCUACGCGUUUACUUAUAUAUGUUCUUCUUAUCUAAUUAUACAUUAUUUUGUAUAAAUCUGAUACAGUUACUAUAUUUGUUUGUAUUUAUAUUUUUGUACUUUUAUGUCAUAAAUUGGAAAUUAAUUGUUAUCUUACUAAUUGGAAGUUUUGAAGACUGCUUUUGUAACUAUAUUUGGAAUUUCUUCUCGUUGUUUAUAGAAUAAUAAAUUAUUUUAUUACAAAUGUAUUCUUUUUGGGAAGCA